GCCAGGUACAAAUUCAAUCCCACUGCUUGGCACUCUCUCUCUCUCUCUCUCUCUCUCUAUUCAGAGCAAUGAAGGAUCUGAUUGGCGGCAUAGGCGGGUUUUGGAAAUGGCCGCCAUUCGACUCUCAACGUAGACGACGAAAUAGGAGAAAAGAUAGAAGAUCCAAACCCUCUGACUGGUCGGAUUCGACGGGAGGAGUAACCGAUUACCAGUUUCCCCUAAAGCAAGCGCUGACGGCGGGCGCCCUGGCACUCGCCGGCGACACCAUCGCUCAGCUCCGCCAGCGCUGGGUCAAGGCUCAAGCUCUCGAAGAUCAGUCUCCACCUUUUCGUCAUCACGAUGAAUCAUCCCGGGAUGUCACGGGGACCCUCCUUUCAGAUCAUGAUUUUCUGCGAGCCCUCCGGAUGGCUUCAUAUGGGUUUCUUCUUUAUGGCCCUGGUUCUUAUGCAUGGUAUCAGUAUCUUGAUCGUUGCAUGCCAAACCAAACUGUAGAGAACCUAUUGCUCAAGGUUUUAUUAAACCAGAUUGUGCUGGGCCCAAUGGUAAUUGCUGUUGUUUUUGCAUGGAAUAAUAUGUGGCAAGGGAAGCUCUUGGAGCUUCCAAAUAAGUAUAAAAAUGAUGCCCUUCCCACGUUGUUUACGGGAUUUAGGUUCUGGAUACCUGUCAGCGCAUUGAAUUUUGGGGUUGUUCCUCUUCAAGCCCGUGUUGCUUUCAUGUCGAUGGGCUCUAUAUUCUGGAACUUCUACUUGUCUUCAACUAUGAGCAAGUAACCCUCUAUAGAGGAUGCAUGAAGUCUGGAAGCAACAAAUUCUUUUUUAAUUGCAUGCCAGGCUUUCUCUUUAACUUUCAAGCACUCUUGUGGCAUAGUGAUCAGAAUGUAUGCCUCCUUGCUACUUCUUCAGAUGGGAUUUUGAUUCUGGGUGUGGUUUUUUUCUUUUCCGCCAUUUCCUUACAGCUUGUGUACUUCAUGGAACUAUGGAAUUACUCUCUCUCUCUCUCUCUCUCUCUCUCUCUCUCUCUCUCUCUCUCUCUCUCUCUCUCUCUCUCUCAUGAAUUGGUUAUGACUUCGUACUACCAUAUUUGAUGACGACCAAUUUAUGAUCAGGGGAUUCAUAAUCUUUUGAAGCAGUGGAAAUGUCUGUUUCAUUUC